UUGGGGAAGGCGAGAGAGGGCCUCUGAGGGGUGUGUGUGUUAUAUCUGUGUUGGUGGGGGAGGAGAAAAGCAAGAGAAUAAUUUAUAUUCACCAACAUAAGCACCAUUUCUACCACCAACAUACGUGAUCGUUGGAGAGAAGCUUCUGGAUAAAUAUAAGAAAGAUCGCAAGCUUUAAUUGUUGGGAUUGUUAUUCUCUCUUUCCCCCUCUCCUGAAGGUGCAAACUUCAUACAGGAGAAUCAAAAAAGUUCUUCAAACGUAGUGAACUCGCCAAGAAGGAAGAGGAGGCAUAUUUGGAAAGAUGUGGCUACAAGGUGCAAACAAAACCAAUUGAAGAAAAUGCUGCCUCUUCAAAUCCAGUGCUUGAACUCGAACUUGCAGAAGAGAAGUUACCCAUGACCCUUUCCAGGCAAGAGGUUAUUCGACGGCUACGUGAAAGAGGAGAACCAAUUCAAUUGUUUGGUGAAACAGACUAUGAAGCUUUUCAACGUCUUCGAAAAAUAGAAAUCUUAACUCCUGAAAUUAAUAAGGGUUUGAGAAAUGACUUGAAAGCUGCUAUGGAUAAGAUAGACCAGCAGUACUUAAACGAAAUUGUCGCUGGUCAGGAACAUGGUGAAGAGGAAGGACAGAAUGACCUAAAAGUUCAUGAAGAAAAUACAACAAUUGAGGAACUGGAGGCCUUGGGUGAAUCCUUGGGUCAGGGUGAUGACUCUAAAGACAUGGAUACCAUAACCAAAGUUCUAAGGUUUCUUCUUGAUGUUUGGGCAAAAGACCUGAAUGCCAGGGAGGAUUAUUUAAAGUGCAGUGUUCAGGGUAAACUUGCUGGAGCCACCCACAAGCAGACUGAAUCCUACUUGAAACCUCUCUUCAGGAAACUCCGGAAAAAGACUUUGUCUCAGGACAUCAAAGAAUCCAUAACAGAUAUCAUCAAAUUCAUGUUACAAAGAGAAUAUGUUAAGGCAAAUGAUGCCUACCUUCAGAUGGCCAUUGGCAAUGCUCCAUGGCCCAUUGGAGUUACCAUGGUUGGUAUCCACGCCCGUACAGGUCGUGAAAAAAUUUUUUCCAAACACGUAGCACAUGUAUUAAAUGAUGAAACACAGCGGAAAUACAUCCAGGGCUUGAAAAGGUUGAUGACCAUCUGCCAAAAGCAUUUUCCAACAGAUCCGUCAAAGUGUGUGGAGUACAAUGCACUUUAACCAGCUAGCUUUUGAAUGGAACCUUUUCUGUAUAAUUCCUGGAUUGAACUGUUAAGAGUCAGACCUAUCGGGAGCUGUAAAGAAGAAUUUGUGGGACUGUGCAAGUAUUUCAAACAUCAAUGAAAUGUUCUUCAGAAAAGCACAAGCAUUAAAGCUGCAUGACCCCA